UUACGUAAUCACGAUUAUAAGUCAGCAGUUUGUAAAUAUGGCGUCGCUAGCUAGGAAUUUUAUUAGGCAAUCUAUAUCUCUUUCUGCACAACCUAGCAGGUUAUUAGCUGCUAGAGGUGGAGUUUCGUAUUUUAUGAAGACUUUUGCUCGAUGUAAUUCAAAUACGACUGAUCCUAAAGGAAAACCAAAGCCUCAAACAGUGACAAUCAGUUUUAUUGACCGCGAUGGCGACAAGAUCUCAGUGAAAGGAAAAGUGGGGGAUUCUUUACUGGAUGUUGCAAAAGAUAAUGAUAUUGACCUUGAAGGUGCGUGUGAGGGAACGCUGUCUUGUUCUACUUGUCAUUUGAUCUUCAAUCAAGAAGAAAUGGAUAAACUUAAUUUAGAUGAACCUGCAGAUGAAGAGCUUGAUAUGCUGGACCUUGCUUAUGGGCUGACAGAUACAUCAAGACUUGGAUGUCAAAUAACUGUAACCAAAGAUUUUGAAGGAAUAACUCUAACUAUUCCCAAAGCUCACAGAGAUGUCAGAAGUGCUUAAAGCAGCAAUAUCUGUACACUGACAGCACACUUAAAUAUCUUACACCCUUGACAAUUCUUGUAUUUAAUGUAGUAUAGUAUUGAUUUAUUGUAGUGGGUACACAUCAGCUUUCUGCCACCCACCCUGGAGUGGUAAAUCCAACAAAAAUGUCCUUUUUAAAUCCAUUCAUUUUUGUACUCUUUUUCACACAAGGCUUAGUAUUUUUAAUUUACAUUUUUGAUUAUGCAAUGUCACGAUGUUUUUACACAUGGUAGAAGGUGUUUUGCUCCAGUGCUUCUUGGUCAAAUCCUAUGAUGGAGAAACACCGGAGCAAGAGAACCUCUUGAACACAGUGAAGAGUCAGUUUCAUGAGCAACAGACAUUUAGAAUGACUAUUAGAAUAAUUACACCUCUCUCUCUAAUGGUUAUAUUUCAAAAUUAAGAUGAAAACAAGUUAGCCACCAUUGUUUUGGUUUUCAAAACUGGCACUUUUUCGUAUUUAGUGGUCUAUCACUAAUAUACCACAGUAGCUCAGCCAAUCAGAGUGCAGGAUUUGUGAUAUACCAUCAUUAGUCUGAGACUAAAAUAUAAUUAUUUUACAAGAGGAUAUCUUAUGAAUGUGGAAACAAUGAAAUUUAAUACCAACUUUAUAGCAUCUGCUCAUUAUCCAAAGUCAAGUAAAGAUACUUUUGUGAAAA